AUGUCAGUUUGUUGUCAUGUGCUAGCACGCAGCAUGCACAGUUUUCUGCUCGUCGCGUGUGGCUAGCGCCUUUCACACGUUCCGAAUUUCCUUAUAAAGAUGGUGCAUUAUCAUUUCUGCCAUUUGCUUCGAAGUCCAAGCUCGAGUUGGAAGCUGCCAGCCGUCUGCAGAUUUAUUGUUACUGAGCUGAAACAUUUACAGGAAAAAUUAGUGGCACGAUGGAGUCGCAGGCAAACAAUCACCAGAAUGGAAUACCGGAGAUGAAUCAGCGAGAGUUCUUUCAGGAGAUGUGUGAUCUCAUUGUUAGCGAAGCUAUCGACAGAACAACAGCUGGAAAAUGCAAAGUGGUCAACUUUGUGCAUCCUCACCUCCUGAAAGACAAAAUUGACCUGGCCAUUCGGGAUGACCCCGUCUCGCAAGGGGAACUUCUGAAGUUGUGUCAGCAGACUUUUGAGUACAGCGUCAGGCCCGGUCACCCCCGUUUCUUCAACCAACUCUUUGGCGGUCAAGAUCUAGUCGGUCUGGCCGGUCAGUGGAUGACCGACGCAAUCAACCCCAGCAUUUACACAUACGAGGUGUCUCCCGUAUUCACUGUUAUGGAAUUGGAGGUGAUGCGAAAGUUGCGAGAGCUCUGUGGCUACAAAGCUGGCGAUGGGAUAUUCUGCCCAGGUGGCUCGAUUUCCAACAUGUAUGCUAUGAAUCUCGCUCGGUACAAACGCUGUCCAGACAUCAAAGAAAAAGGAUUGUACAAUUGCCCGAGGCUGGUAGCUUUCACAUCGGAACAGAGUCACUAUUCUCUCAGGAAGGGCAUGGCUUUCCUUGGGCUGGGAGUCGACAACCUCAUCUUCGUUAAGUGUGAUGAAACUGGGCGGAUGAUACCAGAUGAAUUGGAGAAGGCAGUCAUAGAAGCCAAGAAUAACGGAGGGGUCCCCUACUUUGUCUGUGCGACGUCAGGCACGACUGUGUUGGGAGCCUUUGACCCUAUCGACCCCAUCGCUGACAUUUGCGAGAGGCACGGACUGUGGUUGCACGUUGACGCUGCUUGGGGUGGGGGCGCUCUUGCAUCCACCAAGUACCGCCACUUGAUGCAAGGCGUAGAGAGAAGUAACUCGUUGACUUGGUGUCAGCAUAAGAUGAUGGGUGUGCCGCUGCAGUGCUCAGCAUUUUUGCUGCGGGAGGAGAAUGGCUUGAUGCACCAAAGCCACUGCGCUGCGGCCAGCUACCUCUUCCAACAGGACAAGUUCUACGACAUGGCCUACGACACGGGGGACAAGUCCAUCCAGUGCAGCCGCAAAGUGGACGCGUUGAAGCUAUGGCUCAUGUGGAAAGCCAAGGGCAACAAGGGUUUCGACGAGGAAGUCACUCGCAAGUUUGACAACUCGAGGUACAUGGCUGAUCUGAUCAGAAACCGAGAAAACUUCAAGCUGCUUAUGGAGCCCCAGUGCACCAAUGUCACAUUCUGGUACAUACCGCCCAGCCUCAGAAACACGCCCGACGGACCGGAAUUACGAAGCAAACUUCAUAAGGUGGCGCCCAUCAUUAAGGAGCGCAUGAUGAAGAAUGGGACCAUGAUGAUCGGUUACCAGCCGCUCGGGGACCGCGUCAACUUCAUCCGUAUGGUGUACUGCAACCACGCCACCACGGCCAAAGACGUGGAGUGGAUCGUUGACGAGAUUGAUCGGCUCGGACACGACAUAGAGAUAGCUGAUGAGAAGUAAACGCUGUAUGGUAAAUUUUGGUGAUGAAAGAUAUUUGCAUGGACAAUCAUUGUGCGUCCACACAUAGUUUGGGUGAUGGAAAGACUACCAGGUGGGCCCAGGUUUGUCCAAAAGGGUUUGGGUCAUGUGGGGUGUUUAAAGGUUUACAGGAUCAUUUGCAUUUUUUCCAGAAGUAACCUACCGAAUUACAUGUAUUAUCAAAAAGCUUACUUGGAUUGAAGUUCCUACUGGUUCUAAACACCCUGUGGAAUUAUUCCGUCCGGCUUGCUGUCAUUCAGAAGAAAUCAAGAAAUGUAGGUGAUUUCCAACGAUCAGUCAAUUGACUGACUUUUGGAAUAAAGAGUGCAAUGGACUAAAUCGUGUUUUGUGAUCAAAAGGUUGUGCAUG